CUCCCGGAAAACACACGGGGCCUAAAAAGAAAACACUCGACACACACACACACACCUCACCAACUCCCCUCAGCCCCCCUCUGAGUUCACCCUCUGCUCCUUACCCACUGGGGGGCUGAAUACUCUCACACACACACACACACAUAUAUACACACACACACAAAACAAUCAAAAGGAGUGAGAACCACACACAUACGCAACCAACUCGCUUGCCCCUUCUUCGCCUCCCACCUGGUUUAUCCGGCGUCCCCCCACCCCCCUCCUCUUCCUCUUCAUCCUCCUCAGUCAUGUCCUCCAUCUUGCCCUUCACCCCGCCGGUGGUGAAGCGUCUCCUCGGCUGGAAGAAGUCGGCGAGCGGCUCGGGAGGUGCCGGCAGUGGCGGCGGCGGCGAGCAGAAUGGCCAGGAGGAGAAGUGGUGCGAGAAGGCCGUCAAGAGCCUGGUAAAGAAGCUCAAGAAGACCGGUCAGCUGGACGAGCUGGAGAAGGCCAUCACCACGCAGAACUGCAACACCAAGUGUGUCACCAUCCCCAGCAAUUGCUCUGAAAUGUGGGGUCUGAGCUCGCCCAAUACGAUAGAACAGUGGGAAACGUCGGGCCUAUACAGCUGCCCUGACACGACCAGGUCUCUGGAUGGCCGUCUGCAGGUGUCCCACAGGAAGGGUCUUCCUCACGUCAUCUACUGUCGCCUGUGGCGCUGGCCCGACCUGCACAGCCACCACGAGCUGCGCGCCAUCGACACCUGCGAGUACGCCUUCAACCUCAAGAAGGAUGAGGUCUGCGUCAACCCUUAUCACUACCAGAGGGUGGAGACGCCAGUACUCCCCCCUGUCCUUGUGCCAAGACACACAGAGAUCCUGACUGAGCUGCCUCCUCUGGAUGACUACACCCAUUCCAUCCCCGAAAACACCAACUUCCCCGCCGGGAUCGACCCACCAAACAACUACAUACCUGAGACUCCCCCUCCGGGCUACAUCAGUGAGGAUGGAGAGACAAGUGACCAGCAGUUGAAUCAAAGUAUGGACACAGGUUCCCCAGCUGAGUUGUCUCCCAGCACACUCUCACCUGUAAACCAUGGCAUGGACCUACAGCCGGUGACCUACUCGGAGCCCGCGUUCUGGUGCUCCAUAGCGUACUACGAGCUGAACCAGCGUGUGGGCGAGACUUUCCACGCCUCACAGCCCUCGCUCAUGGACGGCUUCACCGACCCGUCCAACUCGGAGCGCUUCUGCCUGGGCCUGCUGUCCAACGUCAACCGCAACGCCACCGUGGAGAUGACCCGCAGACACAUAGGCCGAGGUGUGAGACUGUACUACAUCGGUGGAGAGGUGUUUGCGGAGUGUUUGAGCGACAGCGCUAUCUUCGUUCAGAGCCCCAACUGUAACCAGCGGUAUGGAUGGCACCCUGCCACAGUCUGCAAAAUCCCCCCAGGCUGCAACCUGAAGAUCUUCAACAACCAGGAGUUUGCAGCCCUGCUGGCUCAGUCGGUGAACCAGGGCUUCGAGGCCGUCUACCAGCUCACCAGGAUGUGCACCAUCCGCAUGAGCUUCGUCAAGGGUUGGGGCGCCGAGUACAGACGACAGACGGUCACGAGCACCCCAUGCUGGAUCGAGCUGCAUCUCAACGGGCCUCUGCAGUGGCUAGACAAGGUUCUGACCCAGAUGGGCUCUCCUUCGGUCCGCUGUUCCAGUAUGUCCUAAAGCCCAACCCCCCCCCCCCGCCACCACGACCGUUGCCCCCGACAACCGAGUCUACAAUCACAUAAGAGAAAGAAAAAAAAACAAACAAAAAAAAACAAACAAAAACGACAAAAAACAAACAAAACAAAACUAUGACAACUAGAAGAACAACAGACUUGCUAUAACCCCUAUUUCAUAGUACUUGUGAAUCCUUUUUCUCUUUCUCUUUCUCUCUUUCUCUCUCUCUCUCUUUCUCUCUCUCUCUCUCUCUCUCUUCUCUCGCUUUCUCCUGACACUGAUGUGUUCUCUGUUCGGAACAGAGCCCGGCACUUGCUGUUUGUUCAGCUUCACGCACCUUUGAUUCUUUUCUCCUAAACCCUCAAUAUUAAGUGUAUUAGUGGUAGAACUGAAAUGUAUAUUGAUUUUUAGAAGA